AUGCUGACCGUGGAUGCGCAGCAGCGAACGGCCGGACAUCUUGCAGCGCGGGCUGGCCACGUGGAGGUUCUCAAGUUGUUGCAUGCCCACGGUGUUGACAUGGAGGCGCUGGACCGCUUCGGCCGCGCAGCCAUCCAUCUAGCUUGCGAGCACGGCAAGGCACCUGCAAUGAAAUAUUUGCUGGAUUGUGGUGCUCGUCCAGGGACAGAGGACAACAGCGGCAGGAAUGCUCUGCAUCUUGCGUGCUGCUGCGAGGAUCCGUCGGUGGGGCAUGCACUUGCAAGUCAAUUUCCUCAGCUGGUGUUCCAGUCGGAUGCUCACGGGAGGACUCCAUUGUUUUACGCCGCGCUCAAUGCACAUCCGCAUUCUCAGGGCGAGGUGACGAAAGCGUUGCUGCAACUUGCGGCGGAUAUCAACCAGCGCGACUCCUUCGGGCGUGUUGCUCUUCACCAUGCCGCAGAAGAAGGUCAGCUGCUGUCAGUCCGUCUCUUGUUGAAGCACAAGGCAGAUCCGGGUGCCCAGGACCGGGAGAAAGAAACACCUUUGCGGCUGGCAUCCAGCGAUGCGGUGCGCCGGGAACUUCUCAAGGCCUCAGGCUCGGAGGCACUAAAGAGAUCAAGCAUGGAAGACCUACCUCAGGCAGCUCCACCCGGUCAGCCUCACCCCAGCGCGGCUUCGUCUCAUCAUCCGGCGGCGCCAAGGAAGACGUCGCCGGCUGGGAAACACGCUCAAGGAGACUCCGGGUCGCUUCCUCCGCUCAGGCGCAAUUUGUCUUCCGUGCAGGCAGGACAGGUGCUCGGGAUUCAUUUUCAGCAGCUGCAGGCCCGAUUCAUACAGCUGAUGCAGAGGGUGCAGCAGGGAGGCUUGGACCAGAUGAUGCAUGUGACCAAGCCCCAUAUGUUCAACGGAUCGUGGAUGAGGGAUGUAACCACUCACCAACAACUUCUAGGCCAAGCCUUGAAAUACGUCCCCGGUCCUGACGUUUGUCUUCGAAUUUUCAACUUGUUGCACCCUCCAAAGACGUUCCCCAGCGUGCAGGGGGAUGAAGGUGCCAUCAUGUCGUACUACGGAGAUGGUCAAGAACCCAAGCAAGCAUGGGCAGGUGCGGAAGAUCCGUACCUGCUGGGGCCGGAGGAUGAAGGAAUUACGCAUGCACGCCGCGAAGAGCUCUUGAGGGCGAUACGUGAACAGAGACAGCAGCUGGACCUGAAGGAUGAGCAGCUGGAGGAGCAGAAGCGCAGGCUCGAGCGCUUCCAGGUCGAGCUGGCGCGGUGCCUGGACCCCGACGAGGCGAAGCUGCUGCGAGCUCGGCUCGCGAAAGCCAAUGCCCAGAUCACAGAGCAGGCCGCAGAGCUUGAUGACAGCAAUGCGAAGGCUCGUGGCAUGGAGGGUCAAAUCUCUGUUCUGACGAAUCGUUUAAAGGAAGAGACGGAUAGCAAUUCCAAGCUAGUGGCAGAGCUUUGCGCGCUUCGACGGCAGCUCGAGGCAGAGUAUGCAGUGCGAGGCGAGCAGAAGUCUUGGCAGGAGUGCUUUGAGCAGGAGCAGAAAAAGUCGGAGAUUCUGCAGCAGAAGCUGGAGGCACAGGUCAAGGAGGCUGCUGCCAAGCAGCUCGGUGCGGAGACGUCGAAGAAGCAGCUGCAGGAGCAGGUCCUGCAGCUUCAGGAGCUGUCAAAGGCAGGAGAGCAAGCUCUCGCAUGGAAGGCAAAGGCGGAGAAAUUGGCAGGCGAGUUGCAAGCCUCGCGUAUGGCACAAAGUUUGCUUCAGGGAGAGUUGCAAGCUGCGCAGCAGCACCGAGAUGCUUUCCAAGAAGCGAUCGAUGAGGCUGCGCGCACCGCCGCGAACCUGGGCGUCAUGGAGCAGCGAGCCCGAACUGCCGAGCAAGAGGUGGCUUAUCUCACUGCCAAAGUGCAGGCUGCCGAGAAGAAGGCUUCAGAAGUCCCAAUGCUGGAGGCCCGCCUAGCAGAACAGGUAAGGAAGAUGGAAAGCCAGGACAAGAACUGGCAAAAGGUUUUCUCCAGCUAUCCUCUCGUCGGCCAGCUCUUGUUCCCAAACCCGAAAUCUUCUCCACUGUCCAAGCCGGAGGCGACACUUGCAGCAGGUAAUGCCGCCCCAUCGGCUGAUGAGGUGGGAGACAAAGAUGAUGCUUCGAAGUCGGCGACUGGCUCGAAGGAGCUCACCCUGGCUUUCAGCCAGGCUGGAGGAGGUGCAAGCUUGAAGGGAAUCAGCCAGGACCAGGCGGCUGCUCACCAAGCUUCCACAACCAGGCCCUUGCUCCAAGAGGACGAUUCCGAAACUUCCGGUGCGGAGAAGCUGAAGGGGCCCCCGGUGGAGACCCUGAAGGCAGUGCUCGGAGCAGCACUGGAGAAGGCUGGAGGCGAAGUCCGCGUCCGCCAGGAUUUGGCGGCGAGCAUGUCGGCAACCGCCGCCAGCUCUGCAUCGAAGGAGGCACCGGAGCCUGAGGCUGCCCCAGACGAGACAGUCAAGGAGCUGGGCGUCACCCAGCCUGCCGCUGUGGCCCCGAAGGUGAAGGACGCGGGCUUGGAGCAUCUUCCCGACCCGAAGGCCGGCCAUCCCCUCUCGAAGCCGCAAGCCAGCAAAGAUGAGGAACCAUCUGCGGUCCCAGCUGCUGCUGCUCCUGCUGGGAAGGUGCCGCCACCGCCCCUGAAGCCGCAGGUGGCGGGCGAUGCACAAUCGGCUCUCGCUGACAUGAAGGCUAGUCCACCUUUGCCGAAGCCAAAGGAGCCAGCUGCGAAAGCAGGGGAUGCUCCAGGCGUUCAGGUGCCACCGCCGCCUGCGAAGGAGCCAGGCGCAAAGGCGGGCGCUGCUCCUGGCGUUCAGGCGCCGCCGCCGCCACCUGCGAAGGGCCCAGCUGUGCCGAAGCCGAAGGAACCGGGUGCCAAAACCGACGAUGCUGCGCAGGCAUCGACACCUGAACCACAGGCGGCACCGGAUGAGACGAUCAAGGAUUUGGCGGCCAGCAUGUCGGCAACCGCCGCCAGCUCUGCAUCGAAGGAGGCACCGGAGCCUGAGGCUGCCCCAGACGAGACAGUCAAGGAGCUGGGCGUCACCCAGCCUGCCGCUGUGGCCCCGAAGGUGAAGGACGCGGGCUUGGAGCAUCUUCCCGACCCGAAGGCCGGCCAUCCCCUCUCGAAGCCGCAAGCCAGCAAAGAUGAGGAACCAUCUGCGGUCCCAGCUGCUGCUGCUCCUGCUGGGAAGGUGCCGCCACCGCCCCUGAAGCCGCAGGUGGCGGGCGAUGCACAAUCGGCUCUCGCUGACAUGAAGGCUAGUCCACCUUUGCCGAAGCCAAAGGAGCCAGCUGCGAAAGCAGGGGAUGCUCCAGGCGUUCAGGUGCCACCGCCGCCUGCGAAGGAGCCAGGUGCAAAGGCGGGCGCAGCUCCUGGCGUUCAGGCGCCGCCGCCGCCACCUGCGAAGGGCCCAGCUGUGCCGAAGCCGAAGGAACCGGGUGCCAAAACCGACGAUGCUGCGCAGGCAUCGACACCUGAACCACAGGCGGCACCGGAUGAGACGAUCAAGGAUUUGGCGGCCAGCAUGUCGGCAACCGCCGCCAGCUCUGCAUCGAAGGAGGCACCGGAGCCUGAGGCUGCCCCAGACGAGACGGUCAAGGAGCUGGGCGUCACCCAGCCUGCCGCUGUGGCCCCGAAGGUGAAGGACGCGGGCUUGGAGCAUCUUCCCGACCCGAAGGCCGGCCAUCCCCUCUCGAAGCCGCAAGCCAGCAAAGAUGAGGAACCAUCUGCGGUCCCAGCUGCUGCUGCUCCUGCUGGGAAGGUGCCGCCACCGCCCCUGAAGCCGCAGGUGGCGGGCGAUGCACAAUCGGCUCUCGCUGACAUGAAGGCUAGUCCACCUUUGCCGAAGCCAAAGGAGCCAGCUGCGAAAGCAGGGGAUGCUCCAGGCGUUCAGGUGCCACCGCCGCCUGCGAAGGAGCCAGGCGCAAAGGCGGGCGCUGCUCCUGGCGUUCAGGCGCCGCCGCCGCCACCUGCGAAGGGCCCAGCUGUGCCGAAGCCGAAGGAACCGGGUGCCAAAACCGACGAUGCUGCGCAGGCAUCGACACCUGAACCACAGGCGGCACCGGAUGAGACGAUCAAGGAUUUGGCGGCCAGCAUGUCGGCAACCGCCGCCAGCUCUGCAUCGAAGGAGGCACCGGAGCCUGAGGCUGCCCCAGACGAGACAGUCAAGGAGCUGGGCGUCACCCAGCCUGCCGCUGUGGCCCCGAAGGUGAAGGACGCGGGCUUGGAGCAUCUUCCCGACCCGAAGGCCGGCCAUCCCCUCUCGAAGCCGCAAGCCAGCAAAGAUGAGGAACCAUCUGCGGUCCCAGCUGCUGCUGCUCCUGCUGGGAAGGUGCCGCCACCGCCCCUGAAGCCGCAGGUGGCGGGCGAUGCACAAUCGGCUCUCGCUGACAUGAAGGCUAGUCCACCUUUGCCGAAGCCAAAGGAGCCAGCUGCGAAAGCAGGGGAUGCUCCAGGCGUUCAGGUGCCACCGCCGCCUGCGAAGGAGCCAGGUGCAAAGGCGGGCGCUGCUCCUGGUGUUCAGGCGCCGCCGCCGCCACCUGCGAAGGGCCCAGCUGUGCCGAAGCCGAAGGCGGCAGAGGAUGAGGCGAUCAAGGUGCCACCCCCUCCUCCGAUGCCAAAGGAUGGUUGA